AUGGCGGCUCGCUGUGCGUCGCUCUGUUGCCUGGACGGGAUAGCGAGCUUGCACAGCCGAGGAGGUAAGAGCCGGACGUUAACGUUUGUUCCGCAGGCUUUUCGCGGCGAGCUUUUCCGCCGCCCCCCGCUCCAACCUCCCACCCCUACCCGGUCGCGAAUUCCCGGUCUGGGAAUUCAGUACCUUCAGCGGAUCGCGAGCGGCGGACGCAGAAAGGUGUACUCCAAGAUCUACUCUGUGGACACCGCUGAGACUUUGAGCACUGAGAUGUUCCCUUCAACACCAUAUGUUCCUGCCUGCAUGGCUUCUCAGGAACUCUCAUCCACAACCUCAACAACUACAACUACCACGGUCACCACCAAUACCACUACCACAAUUACAAGUGGCUUCAACCUGUAUCUGACACCACCUGCAUCAUCACCGUGGCUUAACAACACUGGCUUCAUCAAUAUGGCUUCUCUGCCUUCUACCAUGACUGUGAACUCAAUAGUGACUCCUGUGAUGACCUAUGGUCCCCUGGAUAGCAUGGUGAACAACUGGCACUAUCAGCUUCAAGAACAAGAAAAACACUACUUUUAUCAAGCUCACCAAUUCAAUAUUUGGAACCAUGCACUGAUUGAGACCAGUAAUGAGAUUGCUCUUUUGCACAACGAAGUGGAAAGAGUGAAACGGGAUCAGAGCAGACUGGAACAAGAAUUGGAUUUUAUCCUGCUCCAGCAGAAGGAACUGGAACAUACCUUGGCUCCCAUAGAGGAGUUUUUGAAGGAGCAGAAUGGUCCUCUUAAACUGCUGUAUGUGAAUAAGGAGUAUGAGAUGAUUUAUAGACUGGCCGAAGUCAUAGAUGCUGAUCUGAAAAGGAUGUCUCAAGAUCUCAAGGACAUCAUUAUUUACCUGAAUUCAGUGAUUCGUCCUAAUGCUCCUUCUGAACCACUGGAGCAGGUCUGCAGGAUUCUGAGUGCUCAUCUGGAGUCUCUGCAGUGGAUCAGCCAUAACUCAGGCAUAAUGCAUAAGAAGGUAGAGGAGGUUGCAAAGGCAUUUGAGGAGUACCGUCGCAAGGGGCAAGAUGCCAUGAAUGUUGCCUUUGAGUAACUGAAGAUACCAUGAAGAAGAUUGCUUUUGGAUAACUAUCGCUCCAAAUUGCUCCUUUUGGAUUAUUCAUUAACCUAAAUUCUGACGAUAUUAAAUAGAGUAGUAUUUUCAGUUACUACUUAAUUUUUAAUUGCAAUAAUUUGUGCAUGUGUUUUUCAUUUAGAUAAUGUGAAGAGAAGUGUGCUUUUUUUCUUUCAGAAUGGAAUAAAGUCUGGACACAGUGAUAGUAAUGCCUACACAGAAUUAAGUAACCCCCUUGUGGGUAUUGAUUCUGUGUGUAUAAUACCUGUCUUAUUCAGAUACUGCAUACUGUCACUAGUGCAUAUCAACUUCUUACUGCAGCUUAAUUGUGGCCAGUUGUUUGCCAAAAUGCACGUGUCACCCAGUCUUUACUGGGUGUUUGUGGCCGUUCAUAGAAAGUGCUGGAUCCUGUAAAGUCUCAAGUGAAAUUUACUAUCUACUCUGAGAUAUAAUUUUACCUGUUAAGGGAAAUAUGGGCAAUGAAAAGCAAGUGUAUGACAAAUUACAGCAAGUGUCUUUCAGGAGCUCACAGAUGAUAAUGCGGUUUUAUGGAUUAGAGAUUUCAUUCGGGCUUUCAUUUUUCUCAUGGUACUAGAGAUCAAACCAUGUGCCACACUCUUGGAUAAUAUACCCAGCACUGUAUUAUGGGUAAGGUCCAAUGAUCCACUUACUUUUGACAAUAUACCUCAGUGCUUUUGUUUCUAAAUCAAGAUCUCACUGUAGCCUAUGCUAGCUUGGAACUUACAAUCCUCCUGCCUCAGUUUUCCAAGUGCCACUAUACCUAGGUAUCCUGGUGAUUUUUGUCAUUUGUUUUGUUUUAGCAUAUGACUUAGUUUUCUGUCUGUAAAGAAAAAAGCUGCCUUCUUAGCUCUAAAACAUCUUCAUCUCUUGUGUUCCAUCCAAGUUGCUAAUAAUGAUGUCCUAAAAAUGAAAAUAAAGCGAUUAAAAGGUU